CUUCAAAAUACAUAGGAUUGGCUAUAGGAGAAAUGGAGCAAACAAAAGGUUGCUGACAGAAAACCAGAAGAAGAAGAAUAAAUGGCUGAAGAUGAAGGGAGAACUGCAGAAGGAGAAGGAGAAAAAAUUGAAGAGAUGAAGCCAUGGGAGCAGCAUUCUUCUGUGAUAAGCAUCCCUCGUUUCGAUUACAACGCUUCUUCUUCCUUACUCCGCCAUUCGCAUUCUGGGUUUCUCAUUACAUGCCCAAUCAAAAGGGAAAAAAGUGCAACGAAAGAAGCUAUAAGUAUCCUUGAAAAGUAUAUUGUUUCAAAUCAUGAUGCUAAGCGAAGGAAAACAUGUGUAGAUGAUGUUAAUGAAGAAUGUAAAGGAUCAAGAGAAGGCGCAGCUAAUGAACAUGUGAAUUCGGAAUCUGGUACCUCUAUGGAGAAAAGUGACAUUCUCUCACUUGUUAAGUUAACGAGAAGCGGAUUAGUUCUCCUUAAACUUCCAUUCGACAAGUCUCCAGCAGUUGUUGACAUUGUUUCACAGAUUUUUCAAUCCCUAGAAUCUGGAAUAUUGAAGUCUCCUCUUUGGUGCAAUCGGAUAUUACCAAUUCAAGGUACAUGCUGUUUAGAUGAGAAGGAACUUAAGAAGAUUGUGACAAAGCUUGUUGAGCAGUUUAUGAACAAUAGGCAGGAGACAGGAGACACUGUUAAGUUUGCAGUUGGGUAUAACAGGAGAGGGAUUGAAGAAACCGAGAUGAAGAAUCUAAGAAACACUUCCAGUGAUCCUGAUAUAUUUGCUUUGUUGGAUCGCAACAAAUGCUUUAGCGUCGUAGCAGCAGCAGUGAAAGAAGUCGUCCCAGAUUCGAUAGUGGAUUUGAAAGAUCCAGAGAUCUGUGUGCUUGUUGAGGUACUUCCAUUGUCUGGAGUACCAGAUAGGACAGCCAUAGUUGGUGUAUCAGUUCUUCCUCGAGCACUUGUUACUACGAAGCCUCGACUCUGCAUCAAGGCCUUAGUCUCGGAUACAAAAGAAACGAAUAAGAAGAAAAGAUAACGGUCUCUUCAAGAACAGGACGUAUAUUUGAAACUUUCUGUCCGUUUUUGUUAUUUUGCUAGUAGAGAUUCUUAUGCUAGUAAGAGUAUGGAGAACUGAUAGUACUUAUCAUUUUUAUUUGUGUUUAAUUACAACUCGGUGUAUGUCCUACUGUACUCUCUCCAGACAUAGAUAUCGUUAGUUCUUGUUUAAGCUUGAAGUUAGUAAUAUAAAUUUAGGGGUGUCAAAAAUGAAUCCAAACAUAGGUAACCCGCCCAGAAUUUUACGGAUUCAAUAUAAUUUGAAUUGGGUUCAAUCUCAAUUCAUUCAGACUUGACUCA